AAAAUUAGGAGACAAUUCGGUUCCGUAUGUUACCAAUAUCAUUGAAAAACUAACAACGGAGAUCUCAAGUACCACAAUAAAUGUUAUUCAAACGCAAGACAUCAACACAAAUACCGAUGAUAAUGUAAUAAAUGAAAGCAAACGAUUGGAACCGAGGUCAAGUUCAUUCGUCAUAAAAAAAGAAGACGAUUCAACCCAUCCUAUUUCUAAGCAGAAUACAUGUGCAGUUGUUGGUAACAGUGGGAUUCUUCUCAAUAGCUGUUGUGGAAACGAGAUCGACUCCAACGAUUUCGUCAUCCGCUGUAAUAUUCCGGAAAUUGAGAAGUACAGCCGAGAUGUCGGAACCAAGACAAACAUUACUAACAUGAAUACACCUAGAGUUUACGACUUAUUUGACCAUGCGAACAGAGAUAAAGACUCCCUUAACCUUUACGAGGAGUUUCGUUUUUUGAAUAAUUCGAUAUUAUGGAGUCGUGGUUCUACUGACACUGUGCGAACGAGUCGUUUAGACUAUUCCAUUAAGUAUCUAAAGUCAAAGUUCAACCUAAACUUUCCGUUAGUAUACACGAAAGGGAAACUACAGUGUCCUGUGUUAAAAAAUUCUGUGAAUGAAAUUAAAGCCCCAACAGCAGGUAUGGUCGCAAUUGCUGAAGCAUUCUGUCUCUGUGAGAAAAUCAGUGUAUAUGGAUUUUAUCCUUUCAGUAUAGGGCCAGACGGCAGGACGAUACCGUAUCACUAUUUCGGAGAGAUGAAAAGCAAAACUUUAGAUGACUUUGACACAGGGCAUAACUUUAAACAGGAGUACUCGAUACUACAAUCGCUGGACAGAGAUGGAAUUUUAACAUUAGUCUCUGGCAAGUGUGAAUAA